UGGCCUGUCACCGCCUGUCUGUCAGCCUUUUACAACAGCGAUCGCAAAGCUAUGUAAAGUACAACGGUUCUAAAGUAAAAUAUAAAGCGAAGCUGUCUAUGUAGGUGUUCUUCGGUUAGAUAAAUGGCACUUUGAAUCAAAUAAUCAUUCCUGCAUCCAGUGCGAUGCGUUAGACCACCGGCUGAUAACAGCAUUAUCAUUCUAUUCUUCGUUAUAUGCCUCAAAGACCGAUUGCUGAUUCGCUGGAGACAACGUACAUAUUCGUAGAUGCUUCCCCCUGCGCGAAAGAGAGAGCUCCAAACAAGAAGUAUGCCAUGCAGUUCUGGAUAUGGGAUGCUGUGGCCGUUGUCUGUGUGAUUCACAUCACAUACAUGUACCCUGUUACGGCAUUCUGGUGUUUCUUCUGUGAGAACGUCACGGAAUGUACUAGCACGCAAACGAGAAUGCGCAACUGCACAGAGGAGCGACAUUGUCAGACAAUAUUUACAAACGGUGUGGCAAGCUACAGUAACUGCUCGUCGAAAUGGGGACUGACAGCCGCCUGCAAACAUAGUGUCGCAAACGAGGGCGAUGUGUGCGUGUGUAACGUCCAACGCGAAGGACAACUGUGCAACAAGUACCGCCAUUUAGAAGAAGUUCCGUAUUAUAAACCGAAAGAAGCCGAAAAUGGCGAUAUUUCUCUGCCGUCCAGCUUGUGGAUACAAUGGGGGAUUUGGUUGUGGUUGAUGGUUAUUUGAUUGUAGGGUGAUGUGCUUAGCGUUCGUGGCAGAAUCCUUUUGCGGGAAUGACGUAACUUACGUUUACCACGUCGCUCUGUGAAGCAGCUGCUGUACGUUUUGUUUAAAUUUUAAUCUGUGAUUACGAGGCCAAAACAAGAUGGAUUAAAUGA